UGCGUGUUAUCUGUUAUUCUUGAUAUCAGCGCCAUUUUAUGGUUGUUGUGUGUUUUUGCACUGGUACUUUAUUUAUUCAUUUGGUACCCUUUCAUUGGUAACUGUUAAUGGAGCAUGUUGCGCUAAAGAUAGUUGCUGAAGGGGUUAGGGAUCGUAUUCCAACUGAAUAUGCUUUUCGAUUCACUGAUUUUCUAUUGGAGGAGUCGGUGAUACGUGACCGAUGCCCUCCAUCAGAUUCCCAUAUAGACGCUGCUUACGACACUGUGAAUGAGAUUGUUGAUGAGUUUGAUACCAAGAUAUCUUUAUCGGUUAACAGUGCGAUUAAGGAGAUAAAGGAAGAUCCAUUUAUUACGGCAUCUCUUCAGGAGGAUUACCAGAGUGUGUAUGACUAUAGCAAUUCUUCGUUGUGUUAUGAGCCUGGUAGUAUGGAUGAUGUGUGUGUUAUUCAAUGUUUGAAGAACUUUAACGAGGGUGAUUCAUAUAUUGGUAGCAUUCCUCUUAAGAAUGCAUCUCGUCGAUACUUGCUUCGUCAGCAGGAUGGUUGUAGUUUAGUGAGUCCUGUUGCUAAUUUACAUGUUGUUUAUGGUCCUGACGUUACUUUAUCAUUUCGGGCCACUACAGAUGUGGGAAUCAACACUGAUCUUCCCUACACGGCAGAAUCAGUGCCCAUUGCCUCAGGUACAACCCGGGUUAGUGGUCGCUCUAAAUCUUCUGACGGUUGUUUGAAUAACAACAGCCAGGGUGCUGAUGUGAACGACAAUCCCUCGGAGGGUAAUUUGUGCACACUGGGCGGAGGCGCUGAUGUUUCUAAUGCUGAUCAGCCUGGUAAGCAAUUUGAUGGUGCAUCAUGUGAAUCGUCUAAGCAUGAUUCAAAUACUAUACCGGUUGAUGAUGAGUGUGAGGUUAAGUCUAUGGCUAAAAUGACGUUGAAGCGUUUGCGGGGUGUUUAUUCUGACAGCUCUUCAGCUCGUGGUAAGCAAUUAGGUCUUAGGCUCGGCAAGAAAGCUGCUGAGUGUGAUGUUGUAUUUCAGAGUGGCAUGUCAUAUUUGGUUAAGCGGUAUGAGGAAGGUCUCAGCCCCCCUGAUUUUGACAUUGAGAAGAUAAGGAAGCCAUGUGGAUUAAGUUAUCCUCAGCGUCAAAACGUUGCUAACGCUGGCACUACUUCUACUACUUCUAUACCUGAGCGCUACAAGUCUCUGGUGAGUGCAGACAUGACUGCGGAGAUCAUUGGCCUUGCAAUUGACAUGAAAAUAGACCCCAUAUCAUUUAAUAUUAAAGAGGAGGAUAUUGCUGGCCUUGAACAGGUGAAGAAGACGUUGAAGAACAAGGUUGCGCAGCCUAUAUUGCGCCCGGAGUUGCAUACGGGCUUGUUACGUGCCCCUAAGGGUGUUCUUUUAUUUGGUCCCCCAGGUACAGGUAAGACAACUUUGGCAAAAUGGAUUGCCAACGUGGCUGGUGCCACUUGUUUUGAGGUAUCUCCCAGUUCCAUCACCAGCAAAUACCAUGGAGAGAGUGAAUCCAUCAUCAAGGCACUGUUUAAGGUUGCUGCAUUUGACCAGCCAUCGAUUAUAUUUUUCGACGAAGUUGACGCUUUGCUGGGCAAGCGUAGUGGUAAUGAGCCUGAUUUGAGCAUUCGUAUGAAGAACCAGUUGCUACAGAUGAUGGACGGCUUGCAUUCCGGUGACAGGAAUGGUGUUGUUGUAGUUAUUGCUGCUACUAACCGCCCUAUGGUGCUGGACGAUGCUGCUUUACGUCGUUUUAGCAAGCGUAUUUUGAUACCACUUCCUGAUAUAGACACUCGCAGGAAGUUUAUUCAGGAUACGCUUCUUAAGAACUGUGGUGAUACCUGUGAACUGAGUGAGGAAGACCUUGACAAGCUAUCGGCGGCCACUGAGGGUUGGAAUGGCAGUGACCUCUUAAGCCUUUGUACUAAGGCUGCUGAGUAUUCGUAUGAAGAUACCAUUUUGAAGUAUGGCGGCAUAGAGAACAUUCCUGACCCAAGUGCUUUUCGUGGUAUAUUAAUGUCUGACUUUGACUUGGCUCUGCAGACUGUUCAUCCAUCUUACUCUGCUGCUGACGACGUGUCCUUUGAGGAGUGGCAUCGUAAACAUGGUUCUCACUAGUGUAUGGGAUAGUAUACCUAUUCUGUCAUUUUGUAGCGUACCCCUAUAGUUGUAGGCUAUAUAGUUCCAACACCAUUUGCGGGGCGCUGUUGUGUUUCUAUUGACUGAAACUUCUGUCGCUUUAUAUAUCGG